CGAUGGUCGCCUCGCGCUUCAGGGUCGGGCAGCGACCUCGACUUGCAUCAGCUCGCCACGACCAUGCCGAUACUGCGCAGCGCAACAGCGCCCUUCUUCGUCGCCUGAUCACUCCGAGCGCCUCUCUCGACCGUCUCACUCGCCCAUCGUCGACUUUGUCUCGCUCGGCACCCUCUUCGCCCGCCUCGGUUGUGUACGCUCAGCGCCUGCUCUUCUGGAGCCUCGUCUACCGCUCGCACGGUCGGCUACGGUCGUGGUGCAUCGUCGUGUUCUCGACCUCUCGUCGCCUCGUCUACGUCGCACACGCACACGUCCAUCGCCGCCUGGCUGCGCAACACGCUCAAGACGGCCGACGGCGUCCUCGCCCAGGCUUCUGCUGCAUCACCUUGUGCCGCUCUGUAGCCUUCGGCUCGCCAUCUACGUCCUCGUCUUCCUCCUUGUCGUUCGCCGACACACAUACCGCGACUCGUUGCGCCGCCGUCGUCUCGCCGACUCGCGCUUUCAGCGCCGCCGCCAGGUGCGUCCCCUCUCUCUCUCCCUCCCUCGCAUCGUCGUCGUCGUCGUCACCGCCCUGCAAUGCCUACGUGCCACCCUUGU